UCAAAACGUCAUGAAGAUGCGCCGGAAGUGACGGCAUCGCUGCCUGUCAGAAAAACAUGAGCGCCUGUAGAGGAUUUGCCCUUCUCUCCCGCACUGUGCGGGCAGCGGCGCGUUGUCAGGUGCUCAAAACAAGGCAGCUUCCCUCGUGUGCCUGUACUGCUACCCAGGGUUACAGACAUGUAAGAACUAGCAGCCAUGCUGCAUCUACUGCGAUGCCAGGGACUCCUCCAAAUGACAUACAGUCCAGAGUGCAGAAGCUGAUAAGUACUACUAAUGAGCCAGACGUCCUGUACAAGAAGAUAGAAGUGUUAGCAAAGGGCCAUGACAAAUCUGUGCUGGAUAGUUACGAAUACUUCACAGUCCUGGCAGCUAAGGAGCUUGGCCUGUCUCUGGAAGUGAAUGAGCCAAAGAGGAAGAUUGAACGUUUCACCCUCUUAAAAUCAAUACACAUCUUUAAGAAGCACAGGGUGCAGUAUGAGAUGAGGACACAUUACAGAUGCUUUGAGUUAAAACACCUGACCGGAAGCACUGCUAACGUUUACUUAGAAUACAUCCAGCGCAAUCUCCCUGAAGGUGUGGCCUUAGAGAUCACAAAGACCAAACUUGAGAAGUUACCAGAACAUCUAAAACAGCCAAUAUGGGACAAACUGGAGAGCGUGGAGCAGACUUGAAUCGUCUUUGCCCUUCUGAGCCUAUAGUAAACCUGUUGUAAUAAAAUAUGUUGUGUAUCACAUGGCUUUCUGCGUCCUCUUUGCCUACAGCGCUAAUCUCUACAGUAGACCACCUGCCACUCAAGGCCUGUAACUGUUGCUUAAUUUGGGCCAAUCCUAGCUUCAUGUCAUCUUAUUACUAACUGCAUUUUACAAUAGACUCACAUGGUAAACCUAAAAAAGUCGUAUCCCCUCCAGCGCAGAAGAAUAAGGACAUACAUGGUCCCACAGGGACAUCUGCAAAUCUCAAAUACCUUUCCAUACAUCACUUGGUGUCGCUUACAUUGCACAUAUACGUCUUAAUCAUAUGAAAUGGUCAGUACCAUGGAUAGAUACCUCUGCAUAGCAGGAACAAGGCUGCACAUAAACUUGCAGUGAGGCUUCUCAUGUUCCGGGGAAGCAGCGCCAAUGAGUCUGUGAAAACAGUAUAAUCUGCUGUCACUAAUGCUCUGAAUACAUUAGUUGCGAAAAGGGGAAGAGAUUUAACUGGAUGAGAAUUGAACACUUAGAUCAAGGUGCUUCCAACUAAAAUGGACUUUUAUAAUCUCUCUGUUCCCCUUUUCAUAAAUGAUGCACAGGUCAAGUACUGUAAUUAUCACAUCAGGUACUGCUUCGCUUACCAGUCUUAUUUGUUUCAGGGUUGUCAUGGCAGCUGUGGUCCUAACAAUGACGUCUGCUGGAUCUAAUAGGCAGCCUGAUCUACACUACAGUACCGAAAUUGCAAUGUAUUUCAGGGAUCAUGGUGUCAUAACUUCAAGUCCCUAAUGGGAUUGGGGGGGGGGGAAGGAA